GACUUAAUGUUAUUCAUUUGUUUAGUUGACGUUUCAUUAAAUUUGUUGUCAUUUCAAUUGAUUUCAGUUUUUCGGUAAUUAUUUCAAAUUAAUGCAAAAAAUACUGUGAAUACCGAGUCAUACAUAACAAAAGUGGUCAGAACUUGAUAGAYAAAAUCAUGUCGUACGGGAUUAACGAUUUUGACCAGAGCCACACACCCGGCGGUGGUACCACUGAUCCAUUUUACUCGACAUCGACAGCCAGUGUUGGCUACGAGUUCGGCCAAUUCGACUACACUGACCAAGAAUACAAUACGAGUCAAUCAGGUGGCCAACAACCCAAUAUAAUGACACCCCAAAUGUUUACACCCCCUCAAGUGGGCUCAUACGACACGGACCCGUUCUCGGGAAUGCCUGGCCAACGAUCGACUGAUCCAUACGCUGAUGAGCCGCCACUGCUUGAAGAGUUGGGCAUAAAUUUUGACCAAAUUGUGCAGAAGACAUACGCUGUAAUGAAUCCCUUCCGCAAACCCGACCCCACAAUACUUCAGGAUUCAGAUCUGGCCGGACCUCUAGUUCUCUGUCUGGCAUUCGGUUCAUUUUUGUUAGUUUCGGGAAAAGUACACUUCGGCUACAUCUAUGGCUUCGGUGUAUUGGGAUGUCUGGCUAUAUAUAUGUUAUUGAAUUUGAUGUCAUCAGACCUAUCACUGUCUAUUGCGUGUACGGUAUCAGUAUUGGGCUAUUGUUUGCUACCAAUGGUAGUGCUGUCGGGACUAUCUAUUAUAAUCAGUUUGAAGGCAUUGAUCGGUACGAUAUCUGUGGUGUUGGCCAUCUCUUGGUGCUCAUGGAGUGCAUCCAAGCUGUUUGUGAUAGCCCUAAACCUGCACAACCAACAGGCCCUCAUUGCCUAUCCCUGUGCUCUACUUUACGGUGUUUUUGCACUUUUGACUGUUUUUUAAGUAAAAUGCGGAUAACAUAACAUCUGACACAAAGAUAAAAAAAAUAUAUUUUCAUUGUUUUCUAAUAUAUACCAGUAGUCAGUCA